UUUCUGCCAGCGCGCAUAACGGUUGUUGCCGUCUACGUCGCAUCGUCGCCGUAAUUUUCGUCGUCGCUCGUCUCUCGUCGCUUUCGGUUGCUUGCUGCGGCGCGUGUUUCGAAACACCAGGCCAGCCAGAAGCCAGACGAGGAAGAAGUCUAGAGAAGCAAAUGGUUAAUAAAAGAAACAACAUUAAAAGCAGGCGCAAGAGAAAGUCAACAUGAAUUAAGAAAAGCGCCAGAAUAUUAAAAAACAAUUAAACUUUAAUCAAACAAAACAAAAAGAAACCAAAAACAACAGUCAGAAGCAGGCGAAAAGAAUCGACAAAAUCGAAGAAAAGCAGCCGAAAGAGAGAGAGCCGAAAAUGAAGAGAGACCAGCGGCGAUCUUCAGCGUCGUCGCUGCGUCGCCGUCGCCGUCGGUGCGUCAACGAAGCAGGAACACGAAUGUGGCUCAAAAUGUCGCUGUCGCAGCCGCUGGAAUCGUCGCUGCUUCUGCUAGCAGCGCUGCUGCUGCUUCUCAACACGGACAGCUGCUCAUGUUACGCGGAUGCCAAUCCGCAGCAGCAACAGCAGCUGGUCCAGGUCCAGCAGCAGCAACCACAACAACAGCAACAACAGCAACAACAACUUCAGGCGCCACGUUUCACCACGCACCCAUCGUCAUCGGGGUCGAUUGUGAGCGAGGGCAGCACCAAGAUCCUACAAUGCCAUGCUUUGGGUUAUCCACAGCCGACAUAUCGCUGGCUGAAGGACGGCCAGCCCGUGGGCGAGUUCUCAUCGAGUCAGUUCUAUCGUUUCCACAGCACACGGCGCGAGGACGCGGGCAGCUAUCAGUGCAUUGCCAAGAACGAUGCCGGAUCCAUAUUCAGCGAGAAGAGCGACGUUGUAGUGGCCUACAUGGGAAUCUUUGAGAACAUCACCGAGGGACGCCUAACUGUUGUGAGCGGACAUCCGGCCAUUUUCGAUAUGCCAGCGAUUGAGUCGGUGCCAACGCCUUCGGUGCUGUGGCAGUCGGCGGUCGGGUCUCUCAACUACGACAUCAAGUACGCCUUCACCCAGGCCAAUCAGCUGAUCAUACUGAGCGUGGACGAGAACGAUCGGAAGGGCUAUCGGGCGCGAGCGAUCAACACGCAGCUGGGCAAGGAGGAGAUCAGCGCUUUCGUUCAUCUCAAUGUCAGCGGGGAUCCGUAUAUCGAGGUGGCGCCCGAGAUUAUUGUACGGCCGCAGGAUGUCAAGGUCAAGACCGGCACUGGCGUCCUCGAGCUGCAGUGCAUCGCCAAUGCCCGUCCACUGCACGAACUGGAGACGAUCUGGCUGAAGGACGGCCUGGCCGUGGACACUGCCGGCGUACGGCACACCCUCAACGAUCCCUGGAACCGCACCCUGGCCCUGCUGCAGGCCAACAGCUCCCACUCCGGAGAGUACACCUGCCAGGUGCGCCUGCGCAGUGGCGGCUAUCCCACGGUCACGGCUUCGGCACGCGUUCAAAUCCUCGAGCCGCCCGUCUUCUUCACGCCCAUGCGAGCGGAAACUUUCGGCGAAUUUGGUGGACAGGUGCAGCUGCCCUGCGAUGUGGUGGGCGAGCCCACGCCCCAAGUGGAGUGGUUCCGGAAUGCCGAGUCUGUCGAUGCGAAUGUGCAGAGUGGCAGAUACUCACUGGGCGAGGAUAAUACGCUGAUAAUUAAGAAACUAAUCCUGGAUGAUGCUGCCAUGUUUCAGUGCCUGGCCAAAAACGAAGCCGGCGAGAAUUCAGCCAGCACCUGGCUGCGCGUCAAAACGGAAGCAGCCAACAGCCGCAUCAAGCGCUUGGCCCAGCCACGAAUCUUAAGAGUAAGAGCUUCGCAUGGUGGUGCGGGAACGGUCGCGGGAACGGGAACGGUCACGGGAUCGGGAACGGGAACGGGAUCAGGAACUGGUUCCUCCACCUCCUUCAACUCCCAUCAACAGGGUAGACGCAAGCAGUUUCGCUUUGCCUCAGCACCGGUGUUUGAGCAGCCGCCCCAGAAUGUGACCGCCUUGGAUGGGAAGGAUGCGACCAUUUCAUGCCGUGCCAUUGGCUCGCCCAAUCCGAAUGUCACCUGGAUCUACAACGAAACCCAACUGGUGGAGAUAUCCAGUCGCGUUCAGAUACUCGAAUCGGGUGAUUUACUCAUCUCGAACAUCCGAGCCACGGACGCGGGCCUCUACAUCUGUGUGCGGGCCAACGAGGCGGGCAGCGUCAAGGGUGAGGCCUUGCUGAGCGUGUUAGUGCGGACACAAAUCAUACAGCCGCCAGUGGACACCAUCGUGCUGCUGGGCCUGACCGCGACACUGCAGUGCAAGGUGUCCAGCGACCCGAGUGUGCCGUACAACAUCGACUGGUACCGCGAGGGCCAAAUGGCGCCCAUCAGCAACUCGCAGCGAAUCGGCGUGCAGGCGGACGGCCAGCUGGAGAUCCAGGCGGUGCGGGCCAGCGACGUCGGCAGCUACUCGUGCGUGGUGACGUCGCCGGGCGGCAAUGAGACGAGGGCCGCGCGGCUCAGUGUCAUCGAGCUGCCCUUUCCGCCCAGCAAUGUGCGGGUGGAGCGUCUGCCGGAGCCACAGCAGCGCAGCAUCAAUGUGUCCUGGACACCCGGAUUCGAUGGCAACAGUCCAAUCUCCAAAUUUAUUAUCCAGCGACGUGAGGUCUCCGAAUUGGGUCCAGUUCCAGAUCCUCUGCUCAAUUGGAUCACCGAACUGAGCAACGUGUCGGCCAACCAGCGCUGGAUGCUGCUGGAGAACCUCAAGGCGGCCACCGUCUACCAGUUCCGUGUGAGUGCCGUUAAUCGCGUCGGCGAGGGCUCCCCCUCGGAGCCCAGCAAUGUCGUUGAGCUGCCCCAAGAAGAGUUUCCGCUUUACCGAGCUCCAUCGGGUCCGCCUGUGGGCUUUGUCGGCUCGGCUCGGUCCAUGUCCGAGAUCAUUACACAGUGGCAGCCGCCGCAGGAGGAGCAUCGCAAUGGCCAGAUCCUGGGCUACAUUCUGCGCUAUCGACUCUUUGGGUACAACAAUGUGCCGUGGAGCUAUCAGAACAUCACCAACGAGGCGCAGCGCAACUUUCUCAUCCAGGAACUGAUCACGUGGAAGGACUACAUCGUGCAGAUUGCGGCCUUCAACAACAUGGGCGUGGGCGUCUACACCGAGGGGGCCAAGAUCAAGACCAAGGAGGGUGUGCCCGAGGCACCGCCCACCAAUGUCAAGGUGACGGCGCUGAACUCGACGGCGGCGCAGAUCACGUGGAAGCCGCCGAACCCGCAGCAGAUUAACGGCAUCAACCAGGGCUACAAGAUACAGGCGUGGCAGCGACGGCAUGUCGACGGGGAGGAGCGGGACAUUGAGCGGCGCAUGAUGACGGUGCCGCCCAGCCUGAUCGAUCCGCUGGCCGAGCAGUCGACGGUGCUGGGUGGCCUGGACAAGUUUGCCAAGUUCAAUGUGACCGUGCUGUGCUUCACGGAUCCCGGCGAUGGUGUGGCCAGCCAGAUGGUGCCGGUGGAGACGCUGGACGAUGUGCCGGACGAGAUAACGGCCCUGCACUUUGACGAUGUUUCCGAUCGAUCCGUGAAGGUGUUGUGGGCGCCGCCGCGCUUUGCCAAUGGCAUCCUCACCGGCUACACGGUGCGCUACCAGGUCAAGGAUCAUCCCGAGACGAUCAAGUUCUUCAACCUGACCGCCGAGGACAACGAACUGACCGUCAAUCAGCUGCAGGCGACGACCCACUACUGGUUCGAGGUGUGCGCCUGGACGCGGGUGGGCAGUGGGCCGCCCAAGACGGCGACAAUUCAGUCGGGAGUGGAGCCAGUGCUGCCGCAUGCACCCACCACGCUGGCCCUGUCCAACAUUGAGGCCUUCUCGGUGGUGCUGCAGUUCACGCCCGGCUUCGAUGGCAACUCGAGCAUCACCAAGUGGAAGGUGGAGGCCCAGACGGCGCGCAACAUGACGUGGUUCACGCUCUGCGAGAUCAGCGAUCCGGAUGCGGAGACGCUCACCGUCACCGGCCUGAUGCCAUUUACACAGUAUCGACUGCGUCUGAGCGCCACCAAUGUGGUGGGCAGCUCACGGCCCUCGGAGCCCACCAAGGACUUCCAGACGAUCCAGGCCAAGCCGAUGCACGCGCCCUUCAAUGUGACAGUGCGCGCCAUGAGUGCGCUGCAGCUGCGCGUGCGCUGGAUACCCCUGCAGCAGAUGGAAUGGUUCGGCAAUCCGCGAGGCUACAACGUCACCUACCGCCAAAUGGAGCGCACCGGGAAGCCAUCGAAGCAUCCGCCCCGCUCUGUGAUGAUUGAGGAUCACACGGCCAACUCGCAUGUGCUCGAGGGCCUCGAGGAGUGGACACUCUACGAGGUGAUCAUGAAUGCCUGCAACGAUGUGGGCUGCUCCCUGGACAGCGGCCUGGCCAUGGAGCGCACCCGGGAAGCAGUGCCCAGCUACGGACCGCUGCAUGUGGAGGCCAAUGCCACAUCCUCGACGACGGUGGUGGUGCGCUGGGGCGAGAUACCGCCGCACCAUCGCAACGGCCAGAUCGAUGGCUACAAGGUGUACUACGCGGCCACGGAGCGCGGCAUGCAGGUGCUGUACAAGACGAUACCGAACAACAGCUCCUUCACCACCACCCUCACCGAGCUGCAGAAGUUUGUGGUGUACCACGUCCAGGUGCUGGCCUACACGCGACUCGGCAAUGGAGCCCUCAGCACCCCACCCAUCCGGGUGCAGACGUUCGAGGAUACGCCCGGUUCGCCGUCGAAUGUGAGCUUCCCGGAUGUGACCUUCUCGAUGGCGCGCAUCAUCUGGGAUGUGCCCAUGGACCCGAAUGGCGAGAUCCUGGCCUACCAGGUCACCUACACACUGAAUGGCAGCGCCAACUUGAACUACAGCCGCGAGUUUCCGCCCUCGGAUCGCACGUUCCGGGCCACCGGACUGAUGCCCGAGCGCUACUACAGCUUCAGUGUGACGGCGCAGACACGCCUCGGCUGGGGCAAGACGGCCUCGGUGCUGGUUUACACCACGAACAACAGGGACCGUCCGCAGGCACCGUCCGGGCCGCAGGUGUCGCGCAGUCAGAUCCAGGCCCACCAAAUCACCUUCAACUGGACACCCGGCCGCGAUGGCUUCGCCCCGCUGCGCUACUACACCGUGGAGAUGCGGGAGAACGAGGGACGCUGGCAGCCACUGCCCGAGCGCGUCGAUCCCACACUCAGCUCGUACACUGCGCUCGGUCUGCGUCCGUACACCACGUACCAGUUCCGCAUUCAGGCCACCAACGAUCUGGGCCCGUCGGCAUUCAGCCGCGAGAGCAUUGUGGUGCGCACCCUGCCCGCUGCCCCUGCCGUGGGUGUGGGCGGACUGAAGGUGGUGCCCAUUACGACCACCUCGGUGCGGGUGCAGUGGGGAGCCCUGGAGACGGGCAUGUGGAACGGAGAUGCAGCCACCGGCGGAUAUCGCAUCCUGUACCAGCAGCUGUCGGACUUUGCCCCGGCCCUGCAGUCCACACCCAAGACGGACGUCAUGGGCAUCAAUGAGAACAGCGUGGUGCUGUCCGAUCUGCAGCAGGAUCGCAACUACGAGAUUGUGGUCUUGCCAUUCAACUCGCAAGGACCGGGCCCGGCCACACCGCCAACUGCCGUGUACGUGGGCGAAGCGGUGCCCACUGGAGAGCCGCGGGGCGUGGAUGCCACAGCCAUUUCGAGCACAGAGGUGCGACUGCGCUGGAAGCCGCCGAAGCAGAGCAGCCAAAACGGAGAGAUUCUCGGCUACAAAAUCUUCUAUUUGGUCACUUGGUCGCCGCAGCCCCUGGAGCCGGGCCGCAAAUUCGAGGAGGAGAUCGAGGUGGUCUCGGCCACUGCCACAUCGCACAGCCUGGUCUUCCUCGACAAGUUCACCGAGUAUCGCAUUCAGUUGUUGGCCUUCAACCCAGCCGGAGAUGGCCCCAGAUCAGCACCUGUGACUGUCAAGACGAUGCCGGGCGUGCCCAGUGCCCCGCUCAAUCUGCGCUUCUCGGACAUUACCAUGCAGAGCCUGGAGGUGACUUGGGAUCCGCCCAAGCUGCUCAACGGCGAGAUUGUUGGAUAUCUGGUGACCUACGAGACAACCGAGGAGAACGAAAAAUUCAGCAAGCAGGUGAAGCAAAAGGUGUCCAAUACGACGCUUCGUGUGCAGAAUCUAGAGGAGGAGGUCACCUACACCUUCACCGUGCGCGCUCAAACGAAUGACUAUGGACCGGCGGUGAGUGCGAAUGUGACCACGGGUCCCCAGGAUGGCUCCCCAGUGGCGCCACGCGAUCUCACACUCACCAAGACACUGUCCAGCGUGGAGAUACAUUGGGUGAAUGGACCCUCGGGUCGCGGACCCAUAUUGGGCUAUCUCAUCGAGGCCAAGAAGCGAGAAAAUGGAGAGCCCUCAUUUAUUUCUAAUAGACCUCCCUAUCUUCGCUUAGACGACUCCCGCUGGACUAAGAUUGAGCAGUCCAGAAAGGGAACCAUGAAGGAGUUUACCGUCAGCUACCACAUCCUGAUGCCAUCGACAGCGUAUUUGUUCCGGGUAAUUGCUUACAAUAAGUAUGGAAUCUCGUUCCCUGUUUACUCGAAGGACUCGAUACUGACACCCUCGAAGCUGCAUCUGGAGUACGGCUAUCUGCAGCACAAGCCAUUCUAUAGGCAGACAUGGUUCAUGGUCUCCCUAGCGGCCACCUCGAUCGUCAUCAUUGUCAUGGUCAUUGCGGUGCUCUGUGUGAAGAGCAAGAGCUACAAGUACAAGCAGGAGGCACAAAAGACGCUGGAGGAAUCGAUGGCCAUGUCGAUUGAUGAGCGCCAGGAGCUGGCCUUGGAGCUGUAUCGUUCGCGUCACGGCGUCGGCACUGGGACAUUGAACAGCGUUGGAACUCUGCGCAGCGGAACCCUGGGAACCCUCGGACGUAAGUCUACCAAUCGACACCAGCCGGUGAGUGUGCAUUUGGGUAAGAGUCCACCAAGACCCUCGCCCGCAUCGGUGGCGUACCACAGCGAUGAGGAGAGCCUGAAGUGCUACGACGAGAAUCCGGACGACAGCAGUGUUACGGAAAAGCCAUCCGAGGUGAGCAGCUCGGAGGCAUCCCAGCACUCGGAGAGCGAGAACGAGAGCGUGCGCAGCGAUCCGCACUCGUUCGUCAAUCACUAUGCGAACGUGAACGACUCGCUGCGGCAGUCCUGGAAGAAGACCAAGCCGGUGCGCAACUACUCAAGCUACACAGACUCCGAGCCGGAGGGCAGUGCAGUGAUGAGCCUCAAUGGUGGCCAGAUUAUUGUCAAUAAUAUGGCCAGAUCGAGGGCACCACUGCCCGGCUUCUCGUCAUUUGUCUGACAAUCAACCGAAUUCUAAGAUCUAUGCCGUGGUAGCAGCAGCACCGUCAUCCGGGAGACUUUUGUCUGAACAUUGGAAAUGGGAUAGUGGAAAACGCAAAACAAAAACGGAAAAACGGAAAACGGACGCUGAAGCCAAACCGCAGCUGGAGUUGCAGCGGGAGGAGUUCUAAGGAGUUUGGACACGGAGCUGGCAAUCGGACGACCGUCUGCCUGCCUGCAGCUACUGUCUUGCUCUCCGGCUCUCGCUGGUUCUUUGGCCAUGCGGCGAGGCGCUGCUACAUGGGUAUCUAAAGUUAUCUAUCUGUAUGUCCUUAGUUCUAGUUUUUAGUUACGAGAGAUCUGAGAUUUACCAGCAUUUAGUUUUAAAGUGUGUUUGUUCGUUCGUUCGUUCGUUCCUUCGUGUGUAUCCCUUAUGUCCCCAAGCAUGACUACUCCACUCUACUCGCUCUUUAAGUUAUUAUUUUGUUCGUGUUUGUGUGUUGUAUUUAUUCUGUUUGUGUGUCCGUUGCCACGUCGCCACCUGGCACUAGCCAAACGCAACUCUUGGCAUUUAUCGAAGGCGCAGGUCCUGUGAUAAAGCGACUCUCGCCCGAUUCAAUAUAUUUUUUUUUUAAAUGAUUUUCAUGUGUGUGUUCAGCACGUGGCACGGCGCACCUGUGUGUGGUUGAAUGAUCGAUCUGCUCGCAAUCUCAUUAUGUUUAAACAAAAAUCAACAAAUCGACAAACCCUCGCUCGAGGGUAAACGUUUUUUUUUUUUUUAAAUUAACUUUUUCGAAAGGAAUAGCUAGAGAAGUUUUUGUUUUUAGAAGACGGUCACCGAUGCAAUCGGUCGGCCAGUGCAAAUGGGGGUAAAGUUAUAGCAAAAGAUGACGAGAAGGGGCAUGGCAAUGCGCAUGAGAAACAGGACGAAGGCAAAGGAUAAACAAAAAUAUGCAUACGACAACAUACAAAAAUCAUUUCGUGUAAGAAAAUAUAGAAAUAUAUACAUAUGUAUUUUUUUUUUGGGAGUGAAAGCAAAGGAAGAUUAGAAGAUUUUAUGUGCGGCAUGGAUGGCGCAGCAAAAGGUGGCAGUUGGCCGGUGGCAGCUCCUCCGAUAGGUUUAUAGGUACUUACAUAUAAUAUAUAUGUAUAUGUGUAUGUGUGCGUAUUCAUAUAGAUAUAUAGGCCAUAUUAAUGCAAUUUUCUUUAGAAUAUAAGCGACAAACUGCAACCCACACAAAACAAAGCAAAACAAACACAAAGAGCGAAAGCGAAAACGAAAACGAGACACAGAAGUAAAAGGAUUCGAAGCAGAAGCAGAAUUAUUUCUGAACGAUAGUUCGAGAUCAUACAUAGAUAGCACUAAGUUAAAGUACAGAAAUAUAUACAAACAAUAUUGUAUACUAGCGGGUAAGAGAUGAUUUUUUUUCCAGCUAAGUUUGAGGCGCAAACGAAGCUUGGGCAAAGCAAAACUCUAGGGUAAAACUCUUGAAAUCUUCGAUUCCGAUCGUAAAUUGUAAUUGUAAUUGUAAUUCUAAUUGUAAUUGUAAUUGCGCUAAGCAACAAACAGUUCAUAUCUAAUCGUAUGUGUGUGUGUGAAUAUAUGAAUAUAUUAAAGCGGCACGGAUAGGCGUGGGGGUAUUGUAUAUCUAUAUGUAUAUUUAUAUUUAUAUUUAUAUUUAUAUUUACAUUUACUAUAUUGUAUUUAUGUGUACGUACGUAUAUCUACAUACAACUUAAAUGACUGAUUAUAUAUUUUCCCUCGAUUAAUUGUACACUUACUUGUAUCUCCUCUUUUUGUACUACUAGCCUAUGCAUUAACUAAGUUUAGACAACAACUUUGGCGCAUUUGUCGCAUCAAGUGUGUGAUGUGAGAUGUCAGAUCAAAGGUUUUUCCAUGCUGAAAACGAUUUUUUGAAUGUUAAUCCUUACUUCAAAGACUCGGUGCACAAGUUCAUCUCUAGUUAAGUAAAUGUAAUUGUAAUUGUUGAUUGAUGUAUUGAUUGGACCGACGCUGGAUGCCUGCGCCCCGCCACGCCGAUCAGUGCGGUGCGUAGUGAAGUGGAGCGGAGCGGAGCGGGGCGGCAGCGGUGAUGGUGAUGGUGGGAGCUCCAGACACGGGCUGGGCUGGACUCCCGGAUUAGUUGAAAUCGUCGUGCAGCAAGCGCAAAGUAUUAGAAUAUUUAUAACGAUACCAUAUAAAUGUGUAAAUGUACUUGAUGAAACUUACGAAUAACGACUCAAUAAAUGAAAGUGAAAUUAACCAG